AUGGAGGACUUGUCUUCGUUGAAACAGACUGGAGUCGCGCUGGGUCAGAAAACGCUAUUUACUACCCUCAAGGGUGACAAAGUCUCCUUAUCUGAAGGCUACAUCCCACUACUGGUGAACCUCACUGUUGAAGAUAAGGCGGCCAAGGGUUUGCGAAAGCACAAAGGCGGCAAUGCAAGAGAGGAGGCGGUAUACGUCUCUGCACUUGAGGCCUUACGAGACAAUCGGCUCUUACUUCUCUCUGGCGCGAGUGGUUCAGGAAAGACAACCUUUGCAGAAUAUCUGAUUUUCGGUCAUUCCGCGGGUAUUUUCCAGAAGGACAGGGACCCAGUCCCUCGCAACGAAGGCGGCGAGACACGAAACGAGACAUCGAGUGGGUUUGGAACGCGGUCAUUGCUCUUCACAAUCACCAAUAAGCAAGACCUCGCAGAUGUCGAACGAAAGCUACCAGAGAUUCUACAAUCUUGGGACAGUAGAGAAAAUGGAAGCGAAAAGGAGGAACUACUAUUAAUAUUGGAUGGCAUUGAAAACUCAGGAUCCGAAGGAAUAAGGAGUCUGGCUUCUAUAAUCCGCACUAUUACUCCAAAGUUACACGUUCGGGUACUCAUUCUGGGUCGAGAUGAUGCUAUCCAAGAUUGGGACCUGCCCCCCGGCUUUUCGAAGAUUCAGCUACUACCACUGCUGGCCAUUCAAAGGCGACAACUGGCUCGGAAACUAUCUCUAGAUGCAGACUUUGGUUCUGGAAACGCUGCUUCAAUACCAGCUAUAUUUGCUCUGUCUCUUGCAGGCGGUCAUGUUGGCGAUACCAGCGAAGCAGCCUUGGAUGCUUGGCUAGUACUUUGCUUUCAUUCUCCCGAGAAGCGUCAGGCUUUGCUACAAGGCGCAUGUAGCGCAUGGAUGCACCAGAGGCAUACCCAGCCCAAUGAGCUGUCGGAAGCGACUAAGAAAUGGCCAUUCGUCUCGUGCACUGCAGUCCAAGAACUCUUGGUGGCUGCUCAGCUGCAAACGGCAUCUUUUCAAGAGAAACUGCAAGUCUUUGGCCAAGAUGCCAAGUCAGCAGUGCCGAUUGUUCGAAGUCUUCUGUAUCGGUUCUCAAAAGGAGAAAGGCAAGAGACGUUCAUCCGUGAACUUCUAAAUCAGCAUGCCUAUGACCUUGAUGGGGAGAAAGCCCAAUAUGCUACACUUAUGGCCUGCGAGUUCAUAGACCCUCACAAUGUACCCUUGGUCACCCAGGUUGUCGCUCGUUUGCUGAAGGUGGCCAAGCUUGGAGCCCUCCCAUUUCCCUAUCGAAUUCUAGCCGGUCGCUACCUCUCGCUAUUUGGAGAUCUUCGCGAAUUGGCUGAGUUGGUCGAAAUCCCAGGAGGAACGAGCUUCUUUGGAUCCUCAAAUCAUCCGAACUCCAGUCCUGUUCAUGAGCUUCAUCUCGGACCCUUCAAAAUCGGAGCGUUUCCGGUUGUGAAUCGAGACUAUGGAGACUUUGUGCGGCAGACGGGUCGUACUUGGCUGAGUCAAGACGGCUACGAUCCAUAUACACAGAACGAACCAGCAACAGAUCUCACGUGGUAUGACGCCAGAGCGUACUGCCAAUGGCUCACACAAAGAUGGAGGGAAACAGGUAAAAUAAAGCCCAGUGAGACUGUACAGCUACCUUCGGAGCCACAGUGGGAGAGAGCAGCCAGAGGAGAUCGGCAUGAGUCACAGGAAGGAGAGAACAUUUAUCCAUGGGGCACCAACUUUAAAGUAAGUCUAUCAAACGGCGAAGAACUGGCGCUGAAUAAUAAAUGUGCCGUUGGACUAUUUCCCCAGUCUCGCUCACCGUUUGGCUGCUACGACAUGACGGGUCAAGUGUGGGAAUGGUGCACAACAUUAUGGGGAGAAGACAUGACGACGCCAAAGUUUAAAUACCCUUGGUUAAGCUCAGAUGGUCGUGAGGAUCUGGACGCCGACGCGUCAACCAGGAGAGUUCUGCGAGGUGGGUGCUUUUCGAGUGGUCAAGCCAAGGCGACGUGCACUUAUCGCGGUAGUCUUGAGCCGACUGGGUUUUGGAGGGGUAACGGGUUCCGCAUUGUGGUCGUUUCUGAGUAG